AUGCCUCAAUACCGCAUCGAAAUCUCACCCAACAACCGGGCAGGUUGCAAAGAUACCGUGUGCAAAAAUGAAAAGGUCAAGAUUCUCAAGGGCGAGAUUCGCUUCGGCAUCUGGGUAGAGGUGGAGGAUCAUGGAAGCUGGGCCUGGAGGCACUGGGGGUGCGUCUCCGGCGCGCAGCUACUCAAUCUUCGGGAGGCGUGUGAUUCCUCUGGUGAUGGCACCUUUGAUUUUGAUGCCAUUGACGGGUACGACGAGCUGAGCGACCCAAAAGCCCAAGAAAAGAUCCGCCGGUGCAUGAAGCAGGGCUUUAUUGAUCCCGAAGACUUCAAGGGUGAUCCUGAGAAGAACAAAUUGGGCGAAAAGGGCAUUCACCUGACUGCCAAGCAGAAGGCUGCCAAAGAGAAGGCUGCCGCUGAGGCUACCGAGGAUGAAGAGGCCUCCGAGGAUGCUCAACCGGCCAAAAAGACAGCCAAGCGCGGACGCAAGAAGGAUGCCGACGACGAAGACGAAGACGACGCACCCAAGGCCAAAAAGUCCAAGUCGGCAAAGGCAGCAAAGGUCGAGAAAACUCCCCCAGCAAAGGCUCCCCGCGGCAAGAAGGCAGCUGUGAAGAAAGAGAGCGACAGCGAGGAGGAGGAGGAGGGGCCGGUGUCUACUAAAAAAUCCAAGGUUGCGGCCACCAAGGCCUCACGGGGCAGGAAGGCAGCCGUCAAAAAUGAGAGUGAGGAAGAAGAGGAAGUCCCAGUGUCGGCUAAGAAGCCCAAGGCCACACCAAAGGCGACCAAAGCCGGUGACGCCAGGGCGACAGGAAAGUUGAGUCGCAGAUCGGGCACAAAGGUAACGGCUGACGAGUCGGCCGAUGAGAAGCCUGUACCAAAGGCGAGGGCACGUCGAGUCAGUCGCUCGAGCAAGGCUUAA